AUGAAUGGAAUUGGUGUUGUAUUGUCCUUCGUCAUCACAGCUGCAAUUUCCGUCAUUGUGGCCGUCAUGGCUGUUCUCAACCGCGGCAUAUCCAAGCAGCAGUAUAUGCGAGUCGAUGAGAAGGUCCUCCAUUGGAUCGGGGUCAGAAAACCUGCCAAUGAGUCCCCUAGUAAUCUUGGCUAUCAGUCCCUUCUACUCGCAUUGAGCGACCAGAUGUUGGCCGUUGGGCUGUGCUAUCUCAUCGCCAUACCUCUCAGGCACUGCUGGCUUUGGCACGGGAGUCGACUCGAUGACCAGAUGGAUGACACCGAGGAGAACGACGACAACACAAUUAGAAGAGGGGAAACGGUCCCUACUUCAUACUGCCGAGUCAACUUUGGAUCUUCUUGA